UUUUGUACUUUUUGCGCUGUGCAACACACUUGCCGAGAAUUAGAGUUUCUAUAGCGACGUAGUGUUUUUCUUAAGAAAUUGCAAUUUUCAGUAGGUAAGCUGGAAGAACAAACAGAAGGAAUACAGCUAUAAGGAAGUGGCAACUACAAUUUGGAUAGCUAUAAACGCAUUCCGUAAUUAUUCAGCAAGUGGGAGCGAGGAACCUCCCUGGGAUUUUCGCAAAUUGGAAUUUUUGCAAACAACCAAAGACUUGGAGAAGUGGAAAAAACAAAGGAGUUUGCGAUGGCCAGCGCGCCGGAGAACAAACCGCCUAUACUGCACAUCCUGGUAGUGGGAUUUCAUCACAAGCUGGGCUGUCAGGUGGAGUUCUCCCAUCCGCCCCUUAUAUCUGGCUCUACCGGGCGGAAUGAAUGCCCCUCCGGAUGGAAAUAUCUGCCCACUUUGGCGCUGCCGGAUGGUUCGCACAACUUCACGGAGGACACUGUAUUCUUUAAUCUACCAAGCUUAUUUGAGCCAGCGGCCAGUAUCUACGGCGUAUCAUGUUACCGGCAAAUACCCGUGGAGAAGCUAAAAAUCCGUACUGCCGACCUCACCCGGAGCACGGUACAAAAGUCUGUUUGCAUUUUGGCCCGCCAACCGAUCUACGGUUACAUCGAGGUCAAGUUGGCCCUGAUAGCGGAUGCCUUCUUCGACCAGGGUGACUUCUCUGGCACGGAACUCUUGGUAAAGGCCUAUCAACAGCUGAACGCCUGCCUCCUGGACGACGAGUCCCGGCGGCCACUGCGCCACUUCCACGUAGGCUUGUCCUUGCGAGAGAUAGUGCUUCACUGGCGCCACAAAACCUUGAUGCUCUUCAAACUAUUCCUUCUCCAGCGAAGAGUCGUCUGUUUCGGCUCUCCCGUGCGCGGCAUGUGUGUCCUGAUCCUGGGCAUGGCUUCCCUUGUGCCCCGACUGCUGGAGAAGGGCUUCCAGGAGGUGGCGUGUGUGCGCACCUCCCGCCCCCUGUCGCCGAUGCCCGAUUUCACCGACUCGCUGCAAAGAGAGGCUCAAGCAGAAGCGGAACUGGCCUCCUCUUGCGUUGCAUCUCAGGAUCCGGAGACCGAGCAGGAGCAGAAACUCACGCCUGAAAGCGCCACGGCAAUCGAGGGCGAAGCAGAGGAGCUGGCACUCGUCUCAUCGGCGGCAUCCGCUGGGGGCGAUGAUGAGGAUGAGACUUCACCGCAAUCCACGCCGAACUCGCAAUCGCAAGACUCAUCCAACUUUCUGGGCUCUUCGAACGGAAGGAACAGCUCCCUAACUCGAGAGGCCAGCGUUGACACACUGGCAUCGAACCUGGCCGCCCUGUGUUCUGUGAAUCCGGACGAAUACCGAGCUCCAGUCAGCAUCUUCGCCAGCGGCAAUCUCUGUCUACCAUACCUGUCGCUUCCGUACAUGGAUCUUCUCAGCGAUCCGAUGGUGCUGUCCUACGUCAUUGGUACCUCCAACGUGCUGUUCCAGCAGAAACGCCAGCUGGCCGACGUACUGGUGGACAUUGAGGCGGCCAACCUGGAUGCACACGACCCGGAAUUGAAGCGUCAGCUCGUGCUGAGCACUGAGGACUUGCGCUACAUGGACUAUAUACUGAAGCAUGUGCAAACGCCCAAGGAGGAUGCCGAGGGGAGCGAGUACUGGAUACGGGAGCAAUUCCAGGGCUAUAUUUUGGCCCUAUUGCGCACCUCUGUGGCUCCUGAUGCCACUACCAAAGACAACGAUCAUUUCAACUCUCAAUUUAUGGGCGCAUUUAAACGGACGCAGUGCUUCCAAGAGUGGUAUGAUGUGCGGCCAGAUGCGGAGUUCUUUGACGCCCUGCCUUCGGGUCAUCCUUUUGCCGGGACCUUGUCCGUGGCGGACAUGAAACUGAAGCUAGCGCAAACCAUGCAGAACAGCGAGAGCGGACGAAAGAUAAACCAGGCGGUAAACACGACGAGCAGGGCAGUUGGAGGUGCCAUUUCCCAGGCCAAAGGAGCCUUCUCCAGCUGGUGGUCAUCGAUAACGACGGCGCCACCCAAUACAAAUCCCACGGCAGCACCCAAUGGUCCGGAUUCGGGCGAUGGCAGCGAGGCUGCAGCCGGAUUAGACUUCUCAGUGACAUUCCAGAACCAUAAAGAUAUGGAGGGCCUGGACAUGGCCGGGGUUAGCAUUCACCUGGCUGGCCAGGAGGAGACCCAAGAGCAGCAGCAGGGCAUUGUGGAGAUUGGACGCGAGGCAGAGCUUCUGGACAAAACCAGCAAUCCCGCAGAGGAACCGAAACCCACAGCUAUACGACCAUCGGGUUGUGGGGGAGAUGUGGCUGCUUCCUCCACGUCGUCGAUGGAGCACAAUAGCGGAGAUGUGUUCAUCGUUUGAAGGGAGAUGCUGCUGUACUAUUGAUCUUUGUAUAAAAUCGAACUAAGCUAUAUGAUAAUUAUUUAUUACGCAACAAAUUGUCUCAGUCUCAAUGUUGAAUUUAUCGUAACGACAUACUACUUCUAUUGUUUGUAACUCUGUAAUAGAACGGGCCAAGGAUGUUGGUCGGGAAGGUAAAGAGCAAGGCUACCGGUUAGGUCCUUGAAUUUCUUACGUUAAAAUUAUUUGAUUAAGCAAAAUUGCUUAUCUUUUCCAUUGGACUAUACAUUGAUCCAACCUAGUUUGUAACCAAUUGGCCAAAAUUAAUGUAAUUCUAUAUAUGAAUAUGUUUAGUUGUCCCCGAAUCCUUGCCACGCCCACCACUCAGUGUACAUUUGUGUCCAUGUGAACCGUUCCAAGUGCAAUUUGUUAUCCAAAAAUGAGAGCAUAAUCCAUUUGGCAAUAAGCAACUCAACGAAAUAUGAUAUUUAUAGAGCUCGAGUCAAGGCUCCUGCCGGACAGUUGCCACCUCCAUGAUAUUAGAGACUGUCCGGCCAGGAUUCUUGUACCAUGAUCCUGUGUCCAACUCUACCUAAUCCAAUUGUAAUUCUAAACAUUAAAAAAAAUUGUCAAAA